AAUAUUGCAACAAUUUUCAAACCGCGUCGUCAUCUUCCCUCUCUAACACAGUGCUGCGUCUCUGUCUCUGUUCGUGCUAUGCUGGACUGCAGAGAGUGAAGUCCGUCUCAUCCACCUGCGUGCUAUAUUGCAGCACAGCAGUACAGUGAGCGUGUCCUGACUGCACCCCAGGACAGAUGCCAAUUUCACAUUUCUCCCAAACAACCACUGCCUUGUCUCUCCACUGCAUUGAUUAAAACCAUCGCUUUUUAUUGCGAUAGGUAGCUUUCUAUGUAGCAAAGUUGCCCACGAUGGACUCUAAGCGAGAAAAAGACCAAGAUGCAGACUGUGAGAAGAUAACUGCUGUGCUGCUCAAGUCACGUACCGGGGAAUUUGAUUUGGAGUCGAUACUGUUUCUCAAAUUGAGAGGUCUUGGAAUACAUGAUCUUGGAUGCAUUGGGGAGUGUAUGAAUUUAGAGAAACUGGACCUAUCUGGAAAUAACAUCACAAAUUUAGCACCUCUAGCAUCUCUUCGGCUUCUUUCUGUACUCUGUUUGUCUGCCAACAGGAUUUCCAAUUUAGAGCCCCUGCGCAGUUGUGACAGUUUACAGAACUUAAACCUGGCUGGUAAUAUCAUAUCCAGCAUUGAGAACCUACACUGCCUUCAGCCUUUGAGAAAGCUAGAAAAUAUACGUCUUAAAGACAACACUUACAAUUACACUAAUCCAGUGUGCAGGAAUGCAGCAUAUAGAAACAUAGUUCUUGAGAUGUUCCCCAACAUCAAGGUGCUGGAUGGGGAAAGAGUUGUCGGACGUGGAAGUGACUUGUACCAAUUAUGCAAAGACAUUGAUGAUACCAUCAAAGCUGGUUUAUACAAGAAUGGGCAGCUUGUUGAACAUCCUGAUUGCAAACCAUGGGUGGAGGAUAAUUACUGGGAGAUAAAAAGAUCAAACAAUGCCAUUAUUGAAGAAGCCUAUAAACAGUUUAACGAUGUACUGCAUGAAUGCAGACUCCUCAACAACAGGGCUACUCAUGUAAUUUCGCAAACUGAAAGAUCUAUGAGCCUGAAGAAGCAGCCAAAGCAGUAUGCUAUCUGAGUUGGGCUAUUUUGGACACAUUGUCUGCAAGUUUUUGUUGUAUGAUAUACCAUGGCUAAUGUACUGUAGGUUAUACUAAGCUGUAUCCAAAUGCUUGAUCAGUAUCAUUGCCAGACGCACAUGCUUUGUGUUGCAGUGUGAGGCAUUUGUUGAAACUAUAUUUCAUCCUAUGCAUUGGGUAUCAGACGAUACAUAGAAGUGAUUUGAUAACCUUUAUCCAUACUGACACCCCUUCAGUUUGGUUCAAAGACGUCUUUACUUGCACAGUGUGCAUUUUGUACCAUGUUGUAGCCUGCAUUUAUGCUGAGAGCUAUAUGCUGCUUAAGAAUUUCUAUAGGUUUUAAGAGUGUUUUUCCAUUUUGCAUUGCUGGAUAAUUUGGGGAGUUAAUGUGUCCAAUGCUGUAUGCUUUCUUUGUAAGCUGAACUUUUGCAAAAAGUGAUUGAAUGAUUGUUUCAGCUGUUUCUACUUGUUUUAUACCAUAAAGUUUAUUAUGUGUAAGACCAA